UCAAUAAGGUUAAAUAAAGUUGUAUAUUUUACAUGAUUUUACAUUUUGAAGUGUAAUAAAAUUACUGAAAGAGACAGUUUUAUAAAAUUUUGUAUCGGUACUUAAAAUGGCAACAAAAUUAAAUCCAGCAACUUCGCCUUCUGUUGAAUUAAGUUCGUAUCGUGAUCAACAUUUUAAGGGUUCAAGAGCUGAACAAGAUAGGCUUUUAAGAAAUUCUACCACUUUGUAUGUUGGAAAUUUAUCAUUUUAUACCACAGAAGAACAGAUAUAUGAAUUAUUUUCAAAAUGUGGUGAUAUUAGAAGAAUUAUAAUGGGUUUAGAUAAAUACAAAAAGACUCCUUGUGGUUUCUGUUUUGUUGAAUAUUAUCAAAGGUCCGAUGCAGAAAAUUGUAUGAGAUAUAUUAAUGGAACACGUUUAGAUGACAGAAUAAUUAGGACAGAUUGGGAUGCUGGUUUUAUUGAAGGUAGACAAUAUGGAAGAGGAAAGACUGGUGGACAAGUAAGAGAUGAAUAUAGAUCAGAUUUUGAUAGUGGGAGAGGAGGUUAUGGUAAAAUAAUACAACAAAAAGUAACUCCGCUUUCAAUAUUAUAA